AUUGUGACAGCCUCAUACACAGAUCUCCAGGACUACACAUACUACUUUGUUCCUGCUCCUUGGCUGUCAGUCAAACUACUCCGCCUGCUGCAGAACUAUCCUCCCCCAGAGGACCCAAGUGUAAGAACCAGACUCACUGAGUGUUUAGAGACAAUUUUGAACAAAGCUCAGGAACCUCCUAAGUCAAAAAAAGUGCAGCAUUCCAAUGCUAAAAAUGCAGUGCUGUUUGAAGCCAUCAACCUGAUCAUUCACAUGGACAGUGAUCCCAACCUUCUAGUCAGAGCCUGCAAUCAACUGGGUCAGUUUCUUCAACAUAAGGAGACAAAUUUAAGGUACCUUGCUCUGGAGAGUAUGUGUUUAUUAGCCACCUCUGAGUUCUCCCACGAAGCAGUCAAGAAACACCAGGAUACUGUUAUAACUGCAUUGAAAACUGAAAGAGAUGUCAGUGUGAGGCAGAGAGCAGUCGAUCUACUGUAUGCCAUGUGUGAUCGCAGCAAUGCAGAAGAAAUUGUUGGAGAGAUGCUGGAGUACUUAGAAUCUGCUGACUAUUCCAUCCGAGAAGAAAUGGUACUGAAAGUGGCCAUCCUAGCAGAGAAAUAUGCUGUAGACUAUACAUGGUACGUGGAUGUCAUUCUCAACCUGAUCCGGAUUGCUGGUGAUUAUGUUAGUGAAGAGGUGUGGUACAGGGUGAUCCAGAUUGUGAUAAACAGGGAUGAUGUUCAAGGGUAUGCUGCAAAAACUGUCUUCGAGGCUCUUCAAGCUCCUGCUUGCCAUGAGAAUAUGGUCAAAGUUGGAGGUUACAUACUUGGGGAGUUUGGCAACCUGAUUGCAGGUGAUCCAAGGUCCAGCCCUCUAGUCCAGUUCCAGCUGCUGCACUCCAAAUAUCACUUGUGUAGUCCUAACACCAGAGGCCUGCUGCUGUCUACUUACAUCAAAUUUAUCAACUUGUUCCCGGAGAUCAAAACAAGCAUCCAGGAAGUGCUUGGAAGUGACAACAACUUGAGGAACCCAGAUGUAGAGCUACAACAGAGAUGUAUUGAAUAUCUACAGCUGAGCACUGUGGCUUCUUCGGAUGUUCUGGCAACUGUUUUAGAAGAAAUGCCACCAUUCCCAGAGAGGGAGUCCUCUAUUCUAGCCAAACUUAAGAAGAAAAAGCCAGCUGUGCCAGAAGGAACAGAGGUGAAAGAAAAAGAAGCCCGCACAAUUCCACAAGCCCAAAUUAACAGCCUAGAGACUGCACCGCCCCCACCUCCAGUAAUUCAGGCAAGUGGCUCAGUAGAUCUGCUGGGUUUGGAGACUGUACCUUCUGGUCCAGCACCUUCCUCUGGAGGUUUGAACUUUUUGGUGGACAUGUUUGGUGACCAGCCAGCAACCAAUGGUGUAGAUACAUUCAGUUCUAGCAGUGGUUCUAGCAGUGGCUUGACAGCAGGCGCUGAAGAGAAUUAUAAAAAAUUCAUUUGUAAGCACAAUGGAGUACUUUAUGAAAAUGACCUGCUACAGAUUGGCAUAAAAUCAGAAUAUAGGCAAAAUCUGGCACGUGUUGGAGUUUUCUUCGGCAACAAAACCACAUUCCAGUUUACAAAUUUUGUCUCUGACCUCGUGCUGCCUGGCACACUAUCAUCUGCUCUGAGUGUGCAGCCGAAGCCCGUGGAGCCAUUAGUUGAUGGAGGAGCCCAGGUGCAGCAGUUGUUUAACAUUGAGUGUGUCACAGAGUUCACUGAAGCACCACUGCUCAACAUCACAUUUACUUAUUCAGGUAAACCUCAAAGACUUAGUUUGAAGUUGCCAGUGAUAAUCAACAAAUUCCUUGAGCCCGCAGAGAUGAAUUCUGAGGCUUUUUUCACACGCUGGAAGGCUUUGUCUCAACCUGAGCAGGAGUGUCAGAAAAUAUUCAAAGCCCAGUAUCCUCAAGAAUACGAGCAAGUCAAGCAAAAGAUUUUGGGCUUUGGCCUCAGCAACCUACAAGGUAUUGACCCCAACCCAGAAAACUUUGUCUCUUCUGCCAUAUUGCACACACGCAGUCAACAGGUGGGCUGUCUCGUCAGGCUGGAGCCUAAUAAACAAAUGCAGAUGUAUCGGCUGACAGUUCGGUCAACAAAGCCUAGCAUUUCUCAAGCUGUAGGAAACUUGCUGGAGUCGCAGUUUUAG